UCACUUAGCUCUGCGCGUGCAUCGGCACCGAAAUGAACCCGUCUCUGACGGUCCACCGGCCACUUGUGUUCUAGUUGGGGCAUGCCCAUAGCGAUCAUUGGCAACUGGAUUCCAGUCUGAGGGUACAUGCGUCGUCAUCAUCAAGGCGCGAGGGGGGUGAUUGUACACAACCGCAAGAGCCUCACCCUUACCUUCGUUUAGAUACAAUUCACACGCCGUUCGCGACACACCAAAUCCAAACACAAUGUCCAAUGUCCGCAUCACCCUCGGCAACCGGCUCAAGAGCUUUCGCCAGUCGAUAUCUUCGAGCCCUGGUGGACCGCUCACCAGCUCCAAAUCCGACGAUUCUUUCACCUCGUUUCCUAUCGACCCACAAACUAAAGCCCCGAUCAGGCCGUCUUCCGGCAAGGCGGUGCCCUGCUCGCCUAGUUGGAAAUUGAUCGUCGCGCUCAAUCAAUCUGAAGACGAACCGGAAAAGGCGGAUGAGACCAAGUUGCGAGACUUUGCUAGGCGCAGUCUUCAUCAGGAACCUGUCGAUUCUACCUUGCGUGACGCCAUCGCCGUUCUCAACAAAGGUCCAGAUGCACUCCCUUUGCGAGCCCGAUCAUCAAUCCGGACCGCGAGACCCGGGUCAAGGCUUUCGCAACCAGAGUCUUUGCCCCAAGAACCGGCCACCUUCUCCAAAGCAGAGCACGACCUGCCGAAAUCGUUUCGGCGACCUCGUCGCUUGAGCCAUCGGGUAUCAUUCACCGCUCUCUCGAACCGUUGCUCCUGGUUCAGGGCGAACGGUGGUGGAUCGACCGAAUCGUCCAAGCGUAACUACUGCAAGAUGGACGCCAACCAGGAAGAAGCAGAAGAGAGCUGAGCCACCGCUUUGAGCCCAAACAUGCCCAGCCAGACCAAAGGCAUAUGGAGACGUACUCUGCCGUGACAUCACCCCCUACCAAACACACAGCUAUCAUACACGAACCACGAUAGCGCAGAGUCGUAGCACUUGCUCACAAUCAGAUGGACUUGCAUGAAUGAUACCGAUAUACAACGCCUCUUUAUACACCAAUUUUGUAAACCUCUUUAUCUGAGCGAACUGUCCUAAGUCUGCAUCCGUUUGUAAAACA